CUCUUGCUAAAUGAAUAUCAUUCAAUGGAACAUCCAAAGAACUUAUCUCCAGGAACUUCUGCCGUAGUUUUUCUCCUUUUUGCUGGUUUUCUCUACAUUUGUGUAUGGUCCCCUUCAAGCCCUUUACUCUCCUACAAUGAACUGAUCAAUGCUCCACCCAAAAAUUAUUUCCCUGUAAAAGACGAGCUCGAAUUGGCAUUAGAGGGAGCUUCCAUGCAGAACAGGACAGUGAUCAUCGCGGUCGUCAACCGAGCAUACGUCGAGCAGACUGUUGACGCCGAGACCACAAUGCUGGACCUAUUCUUGGAGAGCUUUUGGCUGGGAGAAGAUACGAGGCCGUUGCUCGACCAUCUGCUCCUUGUGACCGUGGAUCAGACGGCUCACGACCGGUGUGUGUUCAAGCGGUUGCAUUGUUACCGGCUAGUGACGGAGGGGGUCGAUUUCGGGGAGGAGAAGGUUUACAUGUCGGGGGAUUUCAUCAAGAUGAUGUGGAGAAGAACCCUUUUCCUUUUGGAUGUCUUGAAGCGUGGAUACAACUUCAUUUUUACGGACACCGAUGUAAUGUGGUUACGAAAUCCAUUUGCUAAGCUAAGUCUAAAUGGAACCGAGGAUCUCCAAAUUAGCGUUGAUAAAUUUUCCAGCGAUCCAAGACCCGAUCGCAAUUUGAUCAACACAGGCUUCUACCUCAUCAAAUCAAACAACAAGACGAUCGCUCUCUUCAGCCGAUGGUAUUCGCUCAAGGACAAAUUCACAAGGUCAAAAGAGCAAGAUGUGUUGUUAGACCUAAUGCGACAUGGCAUCGUCACCGAGUUUCAUCUCCGAGUAAGGUUCUUGGAGACAAGGUAUUUCAGUGGCUUCUGUGAAGACAGUCGAGACGUCAGUGCGGUGGCGACGGUCCACGCGAAUUGUUGCCGCCACAUAAAUGCCAAGGUUAGGGAUUUAACGGCUGUCCUCCGCGACUGGAAGCGGUUCAAGGCGGCUGUGACCAAGUAUCCCAUGGCUGCUCGAAAUAUAACUAGCAGUUUUCGUUGGUCACCACACGAUGGAUGUUGGAAUUCAUGGAAACGUCAUUAUUAACUUAAAACAUAUUGGUUUCGUUCUUAAUUUUU